CACACCAUGAUCAGGACACUGCUGCUCUUGGCACUGGUGGCUGGAGCUCUCAGCUGCGGGUACCCCACUUAUGAGGUCCAGCACGAUGUGAGCAGAGUAGUUGGGGGUCAAGAGGCCACCCCCAACAGCUGGCCCUGGCAGGUCUCGCUGCAGUACCUUUCCUACGGAAAGUGGUACCACACAUGCGGAGGCUCCCUGGUGGCCAACAACUGGGUUCUGACAGCUGCCCAUUGCAUCAGCAACUCCAAGACCUAUCGUGUGGUGCUGGGCCGACACAGCCUCUCCACCCAGGAAUCCGGCUCAGUGGCUGUUCAGGUCUCCAAGCUUGUGGUCCAUGAGGGAUGGAACCCCCAAAAGAUCGCCAAUGGGAAUGACAUUGCCUUGCUCAAACUGACCAGCCCAGUGUCCCUGAGCAGCAAGAUCCAGACCGCUUGCCUCCCACCCGCUGGCACCAUUCUCCCCAACAACUUCCCCUGCUAUGUCACAGGCUGGGGCAGGCUGCAGACCAACGGAGCCAGUCCUGACAUCCUGCAGCAGGGCCGCCUGCUCGUUGUGGACCAUGCCAUCUGCUCCAGUUCUAGCUGGUGGGGAAGCUCCGUGAAGACCAGCAUGGUGUGCGCUGGCGGUGAUGGUGUCACCUCCAGCUGCAAUGGGGACUCUGGCGGACCACUGAAUUGCAAGGCAUCUAACGGCAAAUGGCAAGUGCACGGCAUCGUGAGCUUCGGCUCUACUCUGGGCUGCAACUAUCCCCGCAAGCCAUCUGUCUUCACCAGGGUCUCCAACUACAUCAACUGGAUCAACACGGUGAUUGCAAGGAACUAACCAAAGAUGUCUCCAGGACUGUCACCUCAGAGAUGUCGCAGAAGGAAAACAGUAAUGAAGUAAUUAUAUGGGCCGGGCAUGG